AUGCCUCCAACGCGGCUGCGAGCGGCGGCUCCGGGCACUCCCCGGGAGGCACCGCGAGAAUUUCUGCAUUUGGCAGCGGGCUUCGGAUGCUGCAGCGGAGCCUCCUGCAAGCAGGCGCUCGGCGCAGGGGCACCGUCACCCCGGGGUGGCAGCACGGUCCGGCUCCGGGCGCGGUCCGAGAGCGCCCGGCCAGCCCUGCCGCGGGGCCGGGAGGGAUGCCCGAGGCCCGGAGCCCCCCGCCGCAGCCCCGCGGGAUCAGCCCUCCAGCUGGCGCCCGGGGGCCCGCUUCCGGGCCGGGCCGGUCGCCGCCGCCACACAGGCCGGGGGCCGGUCCCAGGCGCGCGUCACCCGGGCCCCUCCGGGCACCAGCCCCGCGGGAAACGGCGGCCGGGCAUCCCCGGCGCAGCACAGGAAGCGGCCCGGAGGCCUCGGCUGCCGCCGCCGCCGCACGGGGAGCCGGGCGCAGAGGCCGGAACAGCGCAAGGGCCCGGGAGCCGAGGGGCGCCUCACGCGUCUCCGCCGCGGCCGCCGCCGCCGCCGCCGCCUCCCGGGCUUGGGCCGGCGGGGCAGCCCGAGCCCCGCACCUCCGCCGCGCCGCAGCCGCAGCCGGAGCCGGAGCCGGAGCCCACGCGGCUCCCCGCCGCUAGAGCACUCACCUCCUCGCCUGGCCGGGCCGCUACGCCGCCGGCUGUCACCGCAGCCCCACUGCCUGGCCAGCGCCCGCGCCGGAUGCUAUUUAAGGGCGCCGCCGUAGCCGCUACGCCCUGGCUGCGCCCCAGCCUCCAACGCCGCCGAGCCGAGCUGCUCCCGGCCCUGGCAGGGGAAGGCUCUUGUCUGGACUUCUGCAAUGCCCCGGCGUGA